GCGCCGUUUUGGAGACCACCUCGGAUGGAGCUUGCCACUUUUCUACCUCCUUGCGCCCAGCCUUUCCGCGCCUCGCCCCCCAAAUUCGUAGCCGUGGAAGAGGGAACCGUCCUGUUCCUUGUCCCAGCCCCUCAAACUCGUGCAUCAAAAGGGUUGAACGGUAGAUGCCGGAAGUGUGCGGAGCACCUGCGUGUCCCCAGCAAAUUGACGCCGGAAGUAGCAAUUGCUGGAGAAACGGUCCGCCCGUUUCAUUAUGGCGGCAAUCCCCCCAGACUCCUGGCAGCCUCCCAGCGUUUACCUGGAGACCAGCAUGGGAAUAAUUGUGCUGGAGCUAUACUGGAAGCACGCUCCAAAGACCUGUAAGAACUUCGCUGAGUUGGCUCGUCGAGGUUACUACAAUGGCACCAAAUUCCACAGAAUCAUCAAAGACUUCAUGAUCCAAGGAGGUGACCCAACAGGGACAGGUCGAGGGGGUGCAUCUAUCUAUGGCAAACAGUUUGAAGAUGAACUUCAUCCAGACUUGAAAUUCACAGGAGCUGGAAUUCUUGCAAUGGCCAAUGCAGGGCCAGACACCAACGGCAGCCAGUUCUUUGUGACCCUAGCUCCCACCCAAUGGCUCGAUGGCAAACACACUAUUUUUGGCCGAGUGUGCCAGGGUAUAGGAAUGGUGAAUCGAAUGGGAAUGGUAGAAACAAACUCCCAGGACCGCCCUGUGGAUGAUGUGAAGAUCAUCAAGGCAUACCCUUCCGUGUAGAUUUGCUACCUUCUUGGGCACAUCCAAGCCUUCUGUGAUGGCCCCAGUGAACCAGUUUCCAGAUGACCUAGAAUGACAUAUAACAUUAAACUUCAUUUUGACCUUGCAAAACAAAGCUAAGGAAGCCUGGGGUCUUGGGUAAAUUAGAGAUGGAAGUAUAUUUUAAUAGAAUACUUCUUUUCUUUUCCCAGCACUUAGGUUGACAGAACAUUUGCAGAAAUGUCCAUAUGUGUUUAUCUGCAGGUUACUGUUGACUGCAAAUGA